AUGUUGUCGAUUCUGAGACGAGAAGCCGCUGCCGGAGGCUCGGAUGCUGUGCUGUUAAAAAAGAGAGUCUGCGGAAGAGUCGCGCGCCACGGCGACGACCCCGGUUUCGGGUUUAGCUCGAGAGGAAAACAGAAGGAAAGGGGAGAGAGAAGAGAAGGGACGUCGGCCAUUGGAGGUUUCAGGAGAGCUUCGCUGGAAAGAAAGGAGAAGCCAGUGAACAACGAGAAAAGAGAGGAUGAGAAAGGUUCUCUCGAUGAAAAGUUUCUGGAGAAGUUGAGCCUUCUCAUCAGUCGACGUCCAUUGCGGCCGAACGCCAUCUUCAUCGAUUUUUGGUUGCUGCAGCUUCUUCGUGAACGCAGAUCUUUCGUCCACCCAUUCGUUCUUCCUGGGAACUCAAAUGGUGCCGUAACACAAGCAACAGUUUUGGCAGUAUUACAAGGAGGACGCCAGUCUAGUAUUGUAAAGAAGGAGCGAUGGAGGAAAUGGAAAAAGAUAGGAAAGGAAACGGAUUUGGUGGCUCAGCAGAACGUGAAAAAAAGGACAAGAAGAAUGUGGGAAGGUCGUGGGAUGAGGAAAAUAAGAACAAAGAUGGAAGGGAGUGGGAGACUCGGUGGAGGUGCACAAUCACUCACAUUCACGAUUUCAUAUCCAUUCUCUCAGUCUCGCGCAUCAGAAGCCGAAGAGACUCGGGCCAGAAGAAGCAGCGCUUCCAACUUACUCCGUUGUCCCCGGAGUCAGUCAUGUAAGAACCUAUAUUCCUUAUCUAUGCGAUGCAUGUCCUUGCGUUUGCUCAAUUUUCGGUUUAUUUUCUUUAUGCUGGGUUCGUUGUAAUCUCAUAAUUGAGUCUUUUUCUAGGUAUCAGUUCGUGCUGAUUGUUCUCCAUGUUUCAAUAAAUGUGGCCAUAACA